CCGCCGCGGAAGGAGGGGCAAAGCUCAAGAUGGCGGACAAAACGCCAGGCGGUUCUCAGAAGGCCAGUUCAAAGACAAGGUCAUCAGAUGUUCAUUCAUCUGGAUCUUCAGAUGCACAUAUGGAUUCAUCGGGACCCUCAGAUAGUGAUAUGCCAUCUCGGACACGACCAAAGAGCCCACGAAAACAUAAUUAUAGGAGUGAAAGUAGCCGUGAAAAUCUUUGUGAUUCUCCCCAUCAGAACCUCUCAAGACCUCUUCUAGAAAACAAACUCAAAGCAUUCAGUAUUGGGAAAAUGAGUACAGCUAAGCGAACAUUAAGUAAGAAAGAACAAGAAGAAUUAAAGAAAAAGGAGGAUGAAAAGGCAGCUGCCGAGAUCUAUGAGGAAUUUCUUGCUGCUUUUGAAGGAAGUGAUGGUAAUAAAGUGAAAACAUUUGUACGAGGUGGUGUUGUUAAUGCAGCUAAAGAGGAACAUGAAACUGAUGAAAAAAGAGGUAAAAUUUAUAAACCAUCUUCAAGAUUUGCAGAUCAAAAGAAUCCUCCAAGUCAGUCAUCCAAUGAACGACCACCAUCUCUUCUUGUGAUAGAAACCAAAAAGCCUCCACUGAAGAAAGGGGAGAAAGAAAAGAAAAAAAGCAAUUUGGAACUCUUCAAAGAAGAAUUAAAACAAAUUCAAGAAGAGCGUGAUGAAAGACAUAAGACAAAAGGCAGAUUAAGUCGAUUUGAACCACCUCAGUCAGAUUCUGACGGUCAGCGUCGUUCUAUGGAUGCGCCUUCAAGAAGAAAUAGAUCAUCUGGUGUUCUUGAUGAUUAUGCACCUGGCUCACAUGAUGUAGGAGACCCAAGCACCACUAAUUUAUACCUUGGAAACAUUAAUCCACAGAUGAAUGAAGAAAUGCUAUGCCAAGAAUUUGGAAGAUUUGGACCAUUAGCCAGUGUCAAAAUUAUGUGGCCUAGAACUGAUGAAGAAAGAGCAAGAGAGAGAAAUUGUGGCUUUGUGGCCUUUAUGAAUAGAAGAGAUGCUGAAAGAGCUUUAAAAAACUUAAAUGGAAAGAUGAUUAUGUCUUUUGAAAUGAAAUUGGGUUGGGGUAAAGCUGUACCGAUUCCUCCACAUCCAAUAUACAUUCCACCUUCCUUGAUGGAGCACACACUCCCCCCACCCCCAUCAGGACUGCCUUUUAAUGCGCAGCCUAGAGAGCGAUUAAAGAACCCCAAUGCUCCCAUGUUACCGCCACCUAAGAACAAGGAGGAUUUUGAUAAGACUCUGUCGCAAGCCAUAGUCAAAGUGGUUAUCCCAACAGAAAGGAAUUUACUUGCCCUGAUACAUCGAAUGAUAGAGUUUGUUGUUCGUGAAGGGCCAAUGUUUGAAGCUAUGAUUAUGAACAGAGAAAUCAACAACCCUAUGUUCAGGUUCUUAUUUGAAAACCAGACGCCAGCUCAUGUUUAUUAUAGGUGGAAGCUUUAUUCUAUUCUGCAGGGAGAUUCUCCAAUUAAGUGGAGAACAGAAGAUUUUCGUAUGUUCAAAAAUGGAUCUUUUUGGAGGCCACCACCUUUAAAUCCAUACCUGCACGGGAUGUCAGAAGAGCAAGAGACGGAAGCAUCUGUGGAGGAACCUAGUAAAAAGGGAGCACUUAAGGAAGAACAGAGGGAUAAAUUAGAAGAAAUCUUACGAGGACUAACUCCCAGGAAGAAUGAUAUUGGGGAUGCGAUGGUUUUCUGUCUAAAUAAUGCUGAAGCUGCUGAAGAAAUCGUGGAUUGCAUCACGGAGUCAUUGUCCAUCUUAAAGACACCCCUUCCUAAAAAGAUUGCCAGGUUAUAUUUGGUUUCUGAUGUUUUAUACAAUUCUUCAGCCAAAGUUGCCAAUGCUUCAUAUUAUAGAAAAUUUUUUGAAACAAAGUUAUGCCAGAUAUUUUCAGACCUCAAUGCUACCUAUCGUACAAUUCAAGGCCAUCUGCAGUCUGAAAACUUUAAGCAAAGGGUAAUGACCUGCUUCAGAGCAUGGGAAGAUUGGGCUAUUUAUCCAGAACCAUUUUUGAUCAAACUGCAAAAUAUUUUCUUAGGACUUGUAAAUAUUAUUGAAGAAAAGGAAACGGAGGAUGUACCAGAUGAUCUAGAUGGUGCCCCCAUUGAGGAAGAACUAGAUGGUGCACCUCUUGAAGAUGUGGAUGGAAUUCCUAUUGAUACUACACCCAUCGAUGAUCUUGAUGGAGUUCCUAUAAAGACUCUUGAUGAUGAUCUUGAUGGAGUACCUUUGGACGUGACUGAAGAUUCAAAGAAAAAUGAGCCUAUAUUUAAAGUUGCCCCAUCCAAGUGGGAAGCUGUAGAUGAAUCGGAAUUGGAAGCACAGGCUGUAACAACUUCUAAGUGGGAGUUAUUUGACCAGCAUGAAGAAUCAGAAGAAGAGGAAAAUCAAAAUCAAGAAGAGGACAGUGAAGAUGAAGAUGAUACUCAAAGUUCCAAAUCUGAAGAGCAUCAUUUGUACUUAAAUCCCAUUAAAGAAGAAAUGACAGAGUCUAAGUUCUCUAAGUACUCUGAAAUGAGUGAGGAAAAACGAGCUAAACUCCGGGAAAUUGAGCUCAAAGUUAUGAAGUUUCAAGAUGAAUUGGAAUCUGGGAAAAGACCUAAAAAACCAGGCCAGAGCUUUCAGGAGCAAGUAGAACACUACAGAGAUAAACUUCUUCAACGAGAGAAAGAGAAGGAAUUAGAAAGAGAACGAGAACGAGACAAGAAGGAUAAAGAAAAAUUGGAAUCACGAUCCAAAGACAAGAAGGAAAAAGAUGAGUGUACUCCAACGAGGAAAGAAAGGAAAAGGCGACACAGUGCAUCCCCCAGCCCAUCUCGCAGUAGCAGUGGUAGACGAGUGAAAUCCCCCUCACCAAAAUCAGAGCGUUCCGAGCGUUCUGAAAGGUCUCACAAAGAGAGCUCACGGUCUAGGUCAUCUCACAAAGAUUCUCCCAGAGAUGUUAGCAAAAAGGCCAAAAGGUCACCAUCUGGUUCAAGGACACCUAAGAGGUCUAGGCGAUCUCGGUCGAGAUCACCUAAAAAAUCAGGGAAGAAAUCCAGGUCCCAGUCCCGGUCUCCACACAGGUCUCAUAAAAAGUCAAAGAAAAACAAACACUGACAUAGUGUUCACAUGUUUUUAAGAUGCUGUCACUUAUUGGAAACGCAACUUUGUUUUGUGCCUGAACAGUCUGUUUUUAACAAAAACAAAACAAACAAAAAAAACAAAUGAAAGAGCAUUCCUGGGGUUUUUUGUUUGUUUGUUUGUCUGUUUGCGAAUGCAUGUGUAAACUCACGAGCAACUGCAUCUUUAGACUCGUCAUUGUUUUAUAUUGUACAAAUUACUUUUGUUGUGGCUGUUUCUCAAGGUAAAAAUUUUUAUUGUGUUAAAGAAUUUCAUCAGAAAUGUGUAUAAUGGAUCUGCUGGUGGUAGUAUUUUGUUUUAGGAUGUUGUGACUUAGAAAAGUAUUACAGAUGUCUUCCCCUCCUUUUGUAGCUUUGAAAAUUGGAAUUAGAUUUCAAAUAAAAUCUGAACAGAAAACUAUAAUGUUGUUUUUUUGCCCCACUGGUGACAGCAGAUCUCUUAAGAGUUCUAAGUGAGUUUGGGACUACUAUUGUGUUUCUUUUACAUAAUGCACUUUACCAACUCCAAUGUUCCUGUAGCUAAACUUCUAUAUUUACCAAGAUGACUAUCAAAAUUAAGGAACUUGAGAUUCCUCUUGUAGGUUUGCCAACCCCUCUCUUCUUCAUUAAAAUUCUCUUCACUGGCUAAUGUUAGUACCCAGAAGUCAGAGGACAGGUGGAUAUUGGACAUGGUGCUUUUUGUUCAUGGAAUGCCUUAUAAAGAAACUAUUAUUUCAAUACACCAAACCCAUAUUCUGAGCAAAAACUUAUUUUUUGGGAAAACUUGAUUUUAUCUUCUAUCAUGAAAGACAUUUAUUUAUAUAAAAGAGACUUUAAGAUUUGGCCAUAGAGGUUUUCUUGAAUGUUGGUUGUCUCUUUAACCCUGUUAAACUAUCCUAGUGUAUUAAAGGAUUCAGUGUUUAGUUAAAAUGUUAAGCGAUAUUUGAAGUAUAAUGGUUUGCAGAAAAUGGCGCAUACAGUUGUCUUUUGAUUCAGGGUGCAAAAAGUGAGUUUAAAUCAAACUGUUGAAGUUGAUUAUGCAAUGGGAAUAAAAAUAAUGUGGGGUGAGAAAUAAGAAAGUUUGUACUCUUGGUUUUACUUACAAAUAAAAUGUAAUAAAGGGUUCUGUAGACUUGAACUGACACUACUAUUUGUGAAUUUUGCUUUCAAUUUUUCAUUUAGGCACUUAAUUGUGUAGUGGUUUUAUAUAUUUGUUUUUAUUUUUCCUCACCCCUAAUAGAGACUGUAGAACACUAUUUUAUAAUGGAUAGCUUUGAUUUAGGCUGAGUUUUUAAAAGCCUAAUUUUAAUUUGUUUUCUUUAAUCUUGCCUGGUCACAGAAGAAAUCCUGUUCCCAUGCUUCAGGGAUUAGUUCUUUCAGCUGAGCUCUAGGAUGCUAACUGCACAUACUGCUGCCAACCUGGGCAAACCUCUGAUAGCUUUUGCAGUUAGCUGAUGAGAUUGAUUUGCUUAAUAGGUCUUACCAAUGCGAAAAUAUUGCUUGAGUAAUUUUCCCUUGUCAUUCAGCUAUAUUUUUUUCCUUUUCCCAUUUUGUAAGAAAGGGUUAAUUUCUAAUAGUUGCUCAGAUUAAUUAAAUGUGAACAUUUGGUGCUAACUUUUAAAUAUGUAUAAAUCCAACCAUUUAUAAAGCAACACGUUUUUCUUCUUUGGUUCACUGCCUAGGAGAAUCAAAAUUGAUAUAAUCUAUCUUUCCUUGAAAAAUAGCAAUAGGAGUUGUUGGUGAUUUGAGCAUUCUAUCACUUACUGAUGGUCUACUACAGGCUUAGAAAUAAUUGGACAAAUUAUUUGGACAAAUUGAAAAAUUUUGUCAGUCAAAUUUCAAAGGAUGCUUUAUUUCUCGCCCAUCUUGGGAAAUGUCUGGGAGAAUAAGAAAGGAACUCUUGGGUCACUUUGGGGUGCUAAAUUGUAUUUUUCCUCUUGGGGUGUAAUUUAACACUUAUUUUUAUUUGGCUUCAGGUACACUCCUAUUUGUGGUGGCGAAGCUUGCUUAAGCCUGAUGGAAUAUAUCAUCUGUGAAGUCUAUUAAUAUAUCUGUUAGAUUACCUUGAAUUCUUUUCUCUUGGACUACAGAUGGCAUUAGUAAAUAGUUUAUUUCCAAUUUAACUUCAUGAGAAAAUACCUAGAGUUAUGUAUGUUUAUUUCCCCCAUGGACACACAAUAGAGUUCAAUGGGAUCAGAAACUGAUGCCAUUAUGAAAAACAAAAGGAAAAAAAAAGAAAAACAAAAGAAUCCAUUGGUUACAGUGGUAGAUUCUAACUCCCAAUGUACCAUGCUUUUGAAAUUGCAUAUUCACCUGAUUCUAAUAUAAAGAACACUAUGUAACAAAGUUCCAAAAGUUCACUAUAAUGUUCAUAGUCAUGACAUAGUUACAGGAAGUACCCUGUGCCAGCUCUCCAGUAUAAAGCCUUACUGUCUUCUCCCAGAGCUACACAUAGCAGAAAUCCUCUGUGUAUUCCUCUGAGAGGGAGCAUCUUAGGCCCUUUCCCCUCUGGCCCAACAUUUUUACAUAGGGAUUCCUUACCACCAGUACCAUUCCUCUUCCAACUACAGAUUAGAGAAAGAAUAUAAAUGGUAGUCUAUUUCUUACCGAAGAGAGUCCUGCUGAUUAAAGAGGAUCAUGUUAGUGAAUCUCUUUUUUUGGCACUCUGUUUUCUUGAUAACUGCUAGUAAGUGAAGAGAUUUCUGAUUUGAAGCAUGUUGAGAAGUUAGAGAUGAAAAUCCUGACCCAAAGUGUGCUUUUAUUUGGCUCAGAAUUUCCUUGGUUUUUCUGCUAAAGUUUGCAGGAAAUUACUGUACUCUGACCUAAUUUGUCUUUUUGUAGACCAUUCCCAUGGGCUUACCCUUAAGACUUUUUAUCCCAAUUAAAAAGUUAUACAUGAAAGGCAAUACUUGCUUAUGACUUCUAUAAUUUACCCCCAAACUCUUAAGAUGGUUAAUACCAGAAAGUAUUUAUAAAGCAUUCUGAUCAUGAUCAAGUUUAGGUUUCAUAAAAUUAGUGUCUUUAUUUGCCUCCACGGUGGUGUGCAUUUUAAAGAAGUAUAUAUCAAUGAUGGCAGUUUAUCAUUAUUGUUGUUAGUGAAUAAAAGCAAAUCCCUGUCUCGCUAAAGUGACAGAACCUACCCUGAUGGCCUUGCAGUGUGAUCUCUUUAACAGAGAAACUUGUGUUUAAAAAAGAAGUGUACCACUUUCCUAAGACUGUCCCUUUAAGACAUUUAAGAUAUAAGAGCUAUGUUGUAAUUUGUUUUACUCUUGUUACAUUUUUUUCUCCGUUUUAUUGGGAGCUCUUGCAGAUAAUUAUAACAAUCCCUAGUUCAAUUAGAUCAAGCAUGAAAUUGCUGCACCAUCAAUUCGAAAACAUUCUUCUUGCACUUGAUAUUUGCUCCCCUUUAUCCCUGCCCUCCCCCACCCUACCCCCCUUUUCUGUUACAUUUUAAUGUGUAAACGUCAAUUAGCGAAAAUCCCAUGCAGAUGCGUUUGAUGUUUAAAGGAACAUGUGAGUAUUUAUAAAAAUCUCGCAUUUACACAGUGUUUGUUCUCAAUAUUUCGCGUGCAUGUUUUAGACUAGAUUUUAGGGGGUGUUUACUCCAUUGUACUCUUUAUUUUUGUUUUUAGCUUCCCAUAACUUAGGUAAUACACAAACACAAAUCCCAGGGGAAGUGCUGUGAUGCUAGACGAAAAGGUGGGAAUGUGCUGCUGUUCCCAGUGAGCCGUGUCUGUGGUUGAAAAGUCAAUGCCUCAGUGUUUAUUCAGUACCACCUCAUGGAGCGUCUAUGUAAAUGAACUAUAUGUGUAAUUAGUUAUUUAUAUAGUUUUGUAGAUCUAUAGAUAAAACGCCCUAGUUCAUUUUCAUGUGUAAUUGUGCUUAGAAUUUUGUGUUUUCUCCUUUUACUUCACCAUGCUCUUGUACAUUUUCGCUCUGAUGCUUUGAAAUAGCAGGAAAGACAAUUUAUCAGAAAUGAGUAUAAUGUAAUUGAAAUCAUCUGAAAUAUUCGACAGCAAGACAGUUUCUUUCAGGUGAACGGAUUCUUUGAUUUGGUUUUUUUGAUGAAAGGGUUAAGUUUAUUGUGGAGCUGCUUUCCAGACCAGAUGUCACUUUAUAAGUUUUCUACAUAAAGAUAAUAUAGUUGCAAACAAAGGUUGUGGAAUUUCCCUUUUGUUGUUUUUCACUCUUAAUUACUUUAAUAAAAAUAUGUUGUUUUCAUAGCAAA